AUGGCUUCGAGGAGUGAUACUUACGAGUUCUCUCCACGUAUACAACCUUUGGAGGGUGUGGAGUAUCCUCUUACUGUACAGUACUGCGGGGAGUGUACACUGCCUAUAGAAUACUGUGAAUUUUCCAUUGAUCCGGCUAAAUGUAAGUCAUGGCUUGAGAAGAACCUUCCUGAGGUAUUCGAACAAGUAAAUACUAAGGAACAACCAGCCGACGAAAGCAGCUCAAAGAAAAAGUCUCGCCAAAUUCGAGGGGGAAAAGGAUCUGGCCCUAAGAAACCCUCUGAGCAGAGAGUGUCCGUCUCUCGUGCCAGCAGGGGCAAGAACAAGUUUACAACAAGUGUUACGGGCUUGGAUACAUAUGGAAUUGAUUUGAAGCAAGCUGCCAAAUUUUUUGGACAGAGAUUUGCUACUGGCAGUUCUGCCAACAACUUCGGCGAAAUCGUCAUUCAGGGUGAUGUUAAGUUUGAGCUCAUGGAAUUAAUUCCCCAAAAAUGGAAAGAAAUCCCGGAGGGUUCAAUCGAAGAUCUGGGCGACAUAAAACGCUAG